CCAAGCCCUGUUUUUAUGACACGGAAGCAGCAGUGAAAACCCUAACGUUGUCCACUUUAGACUACGUGCGUGUGCUCUACGCUCAUCUCGUCGCAAUCCAAGCACACGCCCUCCCUCUCUCUCUCUCUCCAAUUUCCGUCGUCCGUCGCUCUUUGAUUCCGGCCGGGGACAGGUGUUCAGAGGAGAGGAAUGGCGGAUCGCUUGACGCGUAUUGCGAUUGUCAGCUCCGACCGGUGCAAGCCCAAGAAGUGCCGCCAAGAGUGCAAGAAGAGCUGCCCUGUUGUUAAAACUGGGAAGCUAUGUAUUGAGGUUACUCCUGCUUCUAAGAUUGCUUUCAUCUCUGAGGAGUUGUGCAUUGGUUGUGGUAUCUGUGUGAAGAAAUGCCCAUUUGAAGCAAUUCAAAUUAUCAACUUACCAAGAGAUUUGGAUAAAGAUACAACCCAUCGAUAUGGUCCCAAUACUUUCAAAUUACACAGGUUGCCAGUUCCAAGGCCUGGGCAAGUUCUUGGUCUGGUUGGAACCAAUGGUAUUGGGAAGUCAACUGCCCUUAAAGUUCUGGCUGGCAAACUCAAGCCAAACUUGGGCCGCUUCAAUAACCCUCCAGAUUGGCAGGAAAUCUUGACCUAUUUUCGAGGAUCUGAGUUGCAGAAUUAUUUUACUCGCAUCUUGGAAGAUAAUCUGAAGGCCAUCAUCAAGCCACAGUAUGUUGAUCAUAUUCCAAAGGCAGUUCAAGGGAAUGUGGGGCAGGUGCUUGACCAAAAAGAUGAGAGAGAGAUGAAGGCAGAACUCUGUGUUGAUCUUGAACUGAACCAAGUCAUAGACCGUAAUGUUGGGGAUUUAUCUGGUGGUGAGCUCCAGAGAUUUGCUAUUGCUGUUGUUGCCAUACAGAAUGCAGAGAUAUAUAUGUUUGAUGAACCUUCGAGUUAUCUUGAUGUGAAACAAAGACUAAAAGCAGCACAAGUUGUUCGAUCUCUUCUCAGGCCUAAUAGCUAUGUCAUUGUCGUCGAGCAUGAUCUUAGUGUCCUGGAUUACUUAUCGGACUUCAUUUGCUGCUUGUAUGGAAAACCGGGUGCAUAUGGAGUUGUAACCCUUCCCUUUUCUGUAAGAGAAGGAAUCAAUAUCUUCUUGGCUGGAUUUGUCCCUACAGAAAAUCUAAGGUUCCGAGAUGAAUCUUUAACCUUCAAGGUUGCAGAGACCCCACAGGAAAGUGCUGAGGAAAUUGAAACCUAUGCACGAUACAAAUACCCAACCAUGACAAAAACUCAGGGCAACUUUAAACUUAAAGUGAUUGAGGGCGAAUUUACUGAUUCUCAGAUUAUUGUAAUGCUGGGGGAGAAUGGUACAGGGAAGACCACAUUCAUCCGUAUGCUGGCUGGUUUGUUGAAAUCUGAUAGCAUCGAAGGUUCUGAUGUGGAGAUACCCGAAUUUAAUGUUUCAUACAAGCCCCAGAAGAUCAGUCCCAAAUUUCAAUCUACAGUCAGGCACUUGCUACAUCAAAAGAUACGUGAUUCAUACAUGCAUCCUCAGUUUGUUUCAGAUGUGAUGAAGCCUCUUCUCAUUGAACAAUUGAUGGAUCAGGAAGUGGUUAAUCUUUCUGGAGGAGAGUUGCAAAGAGUGGCAUUAUGUCUAUGCCUUGGGAAGCCAGCUGAUAUUUAUCUGAUAGAUGAACCAAGUGCUUAUCUUGACUCUGAGCAGCGUAUUGUUGCAUCUAAAGUCAUAAAGAGGUUUAUCCUCCAUGCAAAGAAAACUGCUUUCGUGGUUGAGCAUGAUUUUAUAAUGGCGACUUACCUUGCAGAUCGAGUUAUUGUGUAUGAAGGGAAGCCCUCAGUGGAUUGUAUUGCAAAUUCUCCUCAGUCCUUGUUGACUGGCAUGAAUCUCUUCUUAUCUCAUCUGGACAUUACGUUUAGGCGGGACCCAACCAAUUACCGACCAAGAAUCAACAAAUUGGACUCAACUAAGGACAGAGAGCAAAAGUCUGCUGGGUCAUAUUAUUAUUUAGAUGAUUGACAUGUUUCGUACAGUUGCUAAUUGUGAUAAGAUGAAAGCACAUCAAUGUUGGGUAAUCAUGGGAUCUCAAAUGAGUUGUUCUGAUAUGUUGACGAGUGGAAAAUAGGUCCUUCGCCUGGUGAGGAGCUCAUAUCCAUCUUGCUGCUAAAGGAGCUCACAUAACACUUGUUUAGAAAAAUUUUAUCCUAUAGUGUGCUUUUUUGUUUCACCAAUUUUGAUUGAUAUUUGGUGAGUUAGAAUGCUUGGUACUUUUCUGUCUUGCCAUACCUCCGUGGUAUUUUUCACUAGAUGUUCGAAUAUUUAAGAGGAAGGAUGUUGAAUUGAGAUAUUGAGCUUCAUCUUUGUUUAUUGAAUUAUAAUUUAAGGUUCUGUCAUUUUACAGUUACUCCA